AUGUGCAGCAAUCAAGACUCGGAACCCCGGGAGGUUUGGGAUAGCAGCAAUUCAAUGUUUUCGAAGAGAAGGCUGGAUCGCAGCGAGGAAGAGGAUGGCCUGGAUGAACCUCAAAACAGCAGGACUGGACUCGAAGUCAACUUCUCUGGCGAUCUUCCAGAGCCACUGCACCCGGAUCAAUUGCUGUCAUACCUAGCAGCCUUGAACAAGAGCAAUCGAAGUAGGUCGGAAGAUUGCAUUGUGGUGAGCAACGAAAGUGUCAAGCAAUCGAGGCACACCGCUACAGAACUGAGCAAUCGCCGUGGCGCAACCUCGACAGUCAAUACAAUCGGACUGGGUCUCACCAACGACUCUUCACCGUCAUCUCCUUAUCGUAGCAAAAACAUGACAACCAAAGUAUCUGAAUCGCUUGAACAUGGAUUCUUGAACCCUGCACCUCCUAUGGCUGACUUUUUGAGGCCGGACAGUAGGGGCACUGAUCGCGCCUUCCCCUCUAGGCCUGUUCCGCUCUCACUGUUCCCACCCAGAUCGCCAUUAACAGGAAAUCGCGAGUAUACACCACCCAACAGCCCAUUUCUUCAGUCAGUCAGCCCCAUCUCGCCGCUGAACAACGGGAGAGACGUUUAUGGCAAUUACAUCCCUUCAAAUACACGUGAUUACUUCACUACACAGUUACUGUCUUCUUCGCCAAACUCUCAGCCAAUCAUCGAGUACGAAGCUCCGUCUGUGAGUAAGAAGUCAUCAUCUACCAGUCGGCUAUAUGGCAGUCACUGGAACAAGCUAAAGUUGCUAUGGAAAGUAGCUGACACUCAAGCACCCAACCCACAAGUCAAUCCUUGCCCUCUGCAACUCAUCCCUGGCGAAGACAUCGUACCACAGGGCAUACCCAUAGUCACGUAUGCAGGACGGUCUAGCAAUCAAGCUCCACCCAGUAUCCGUUCGCGGUUGCUUACAAGUCAGUCUACAACAGACUUGCAUGUGAUAGACAGUGUGAAAAGCAGACCUUCUACUACCUAUACUAGUAGAAGUGAUGCAAAAGACACCAACUCGCAAACGAGAACCCGACAAUUGGCCGACAAAAAUCGCAUUCCCGUUGACAAUAGCCGCUCUAAUGCCAUGACAGGCAACGGCAGAAUCGCUCCCAGAGAUGAGAAGAGAUGGCACAAAGACAAUCUUCCGCCACCGCCUAGAGUUCUACCGGCGCCACCGCCCAAAAGCGUCCAAGGUCAACAUCGGAAUGUCAGCUUGUCUCUAUAUACAGCAAAACAAAGCCAUGGAGUAAAGUCGCUUGUGUGUAACGAGAAGAAGGACUCUAAGCCCAACAACCGACCUAAAAAUGAAUCUUCUGGUAUUUGUCGAAAUGUUGAAAAUGACCGAGAAACGCGAUACUAUACGGAGAAGCAGCAGCAGCUAUCUAGAGAAACAGGUCAUGAAUGCCAAGAGAGCCUUGUGUACCGAGAAAAAGCACAUAAACAAAAACAUGAUCUGAUCAUGCCCGGAUCUGAAGAUGGCACCACCAAAACAACGACAGUACGAGAUAUGGAUAGCCGUUUCGAGAUGAAGCCCAUGGUAGACUCGGAUUUACAGUCGUCCAAGAUUCCAGCCGCAUCAUCACCCUCCUUGCCUUGUCGUAGCCCAAUUCCUGUAUCUCCUCAAUACCCGAGUGAACAGGUGCGCGACCCAGGAACAGUUGGCCAUUCCACUUUCGUUCCAUCACCAACACCUGUCGCGUCGAUCGCUAUCCAAAAACAUCAACCCUCGCUUCGUUCUGUGCUUUCGAAAGCAGGAGAACUGUCACGCUCCGUCUUGAUUUCACCCUUUGAAAUUGGAUCCAAAUCUGGUUCACAAUACCAUCGAUUGGUGGAUCUGGACGAAAAUGAGCCAAUAAAGCUUGGUAUGAGUGCAGAUAGUAAUGGAUGGCCUCGCUCAUGUUCUUCGAAUCCAAGGAAAGAGAUGGCGGAACGCAAAAGGGGGAGAGCAAAUGGAAUGCGAAAGAUUGAAGGUCUAGAUCCUGAGAGGUACCUUGGGAUAAAAGGCUCUGGAAGAAAUGAGUAUUUGAGCGCACCAGCGGUAAGCAAUGAUACUGGCGGAUCUCAAUCAUCUAUCUUUACAAAGCGACGGAAUGUACCUAAUCCCGGUAUUGAACCUGCCUCCACCUCCAACCUGACCGAUAUACAGGAUCGAUUCCAAGCAGGCCUCGCUACUCGGAACAAGGCUGACGGCGCUUUGCAUUCAAAGCAAACGACUCAAGAAUGGCUUGAUAGCAUCGUUUCCCGAACAAGUACUACCACACAACCCACUCUCAACAGAAGCAGCGACUCCAACGAUGAAACUGAUCACCCAUCUCACCACGUCCUGUCCCGAGCUAGUACCGAAGCGAACAGCCUAGCAGCCCAGUACCAAGCCCUCACCACUGGCGCCCUGAAUCCUUCAUUCACACCGACACUCUCCACUCACGAUAAACACGAAAAUCUCGACAGCGCUACACAAGAAGCUCUUCUUGUCGCCGACCGUAUCCGCCAAUACGAUGCAAGAUUUAGCGCUGAUGGCGAGGGAACCAUGAUCCGAUCGAGUUUCAGCUCUGAUUCAUCAGAUGAGGUUACACAGCAAGAGGAGGAGGAAGAGAAGAAGAAGAAGAAGAAGAAGAAGCGGAAGAAGCAUAAUUUGUGGGGAAGGCAGGAUUUUGCUAGGGUUAUGACUCUGAUGCAUUCGUAUGAGUAG